GCUCUGUCCAGUGCCACCGUGAGCCUGGCAAACCCAAGCACCCUGCGGUCGCUGGUGUGGGGGUGCAGGGGGGCAAGUUUCCAGCCUUGAGCCUCCUCUUCCUCAUCCCGUGGCCGGGCUGGGUUGGGAGGCGGCCGGGGCACAGCCUUGGGGGUGGCAUUGGCCGGGGAGGAGGAGGAAGGGGAGGAGGAAGGCGGGCCGGGCCGGGUGGGGCAGCGGCUCCCGUUGGCCUCGCAGCGCCGGGGCUCAGCGGCUUCCACUCGGACGCAUCAUGAGCGGGACGGCGGGGAGCGGGGACCCCCCGGUGGGGAGCGGGGACCCCCCGGCGCUGCCCCGGGACUACGAGCUGUCCGGCAAGGUGAUGUUACUUGGAGACUCAGGCGUGGGGAAAACCUGCUUCCUGCUCCAGUUCAAAGAUGGGGCCUUUCUCUCCGGGACGUUCAUAGCCACCGUGGGCAUAGAUUUCCGGAACAAAGUGGUGGCCGUGGAUGGUGUGAAGGUGAAGUUGCAGCAGAUCUGGGAUACGGCAGGACAGGAGCGUUUCCGCAGUGUCACCCAUGCCUACUACAGGGAUGCCCAAGCCCUGCUCCUGCUCUAUGAUAUCACCAGCAAGAUGUCCUUCGACAACAUCCGCGCCUGGCUGACGGAGAUCCAUGAGUACGCCCAGAAGGACGUGGUCAUCAUGCUGCUGGGCAAUAAGGCCGACGUGAGCAGCGAGAGGGCUGUGAGGACGGAGGACGGAGCAUUGCUGGCCAGGGAGUACGGGGUGCCUUUCAUGGAGACGAGUGCCAAGACGGGCAUGAAUGUGGAGCUGGCCUUCCUGGCCAUUGCCAAGGAGCUGAAGCAGCGUGCAGUGCAGCCAGCAGACGAGCCCCGCUUCCAGAUCCAUGACUACAUCGAGUCGCAGAAGAAGAAAUCCAGCUGCUGUGCCUUCGCCUGAGAGGGGCUGGGAGGAGCCGGCAGCCCCGGGGGCACAGGCAGGCAGGAGGCAGAGCAGGGGCCCGAUCCUGCCCUCGAGCGUCCGAGGGAACCAGGCUCUGACAAGCCAAGUGUGGAUGGGACACUACGGCAGAGCAGAGCGUGCACGAGGAGAGCCAUCGCCCCGGCACCAGGAUCCAGGGGCCGGAUCCUGCUGCCCCGCGGGGCAAUGCCUGGAGCUUACUGUGUGCCACUGAAGGAAUAACCACGGUGUGAUGACUGCCAGCCUGGCCAGCGAGCCAUGGUGAUGCCUCCAGCACCCGAGCAGGGUGCAGGAUACAGCCCCGCACCUAGCUGAUGUGCCGCUGGAGGGGCCGUGUGCGUGCCGUGGAUGAGCCGCCUUGCAGCCCCUGGCCCUCUCCUCCCCUGCAGCCAUCCCUGCUCUCGGCACUGCUCUUGUCCACCUGGAAGGGCCUGAUCCAGCCCCCCGUGUCCCCGGUGCUGCCAGUCUCUGGCUUCCCUCCAGGGAGCCUCCACUCUGCCCCCCGAGCUGCCCCACGCCCGGGUACAGCUGAUGCCCACACUCGGCCGUGGCUCCUCGCUGCUGUGAUUCCUGCUGUCGCCUUUUAUCCUCCUGUUGCCACGAGGGCAGAGAUGUCCCAGUUGUGUCCUGGUUCUGCCAAAGGGCCGGGAUGGGGAAGCAUCAGGCCAAGGCUGCUCCCUGCCUGCACAGCUGAUGUGGGAAAUAAAACUCCCGCGGGAGCACCCAAGCGAUGUUUGGGACACUUCUAGUAUAUACAGCAAAAGAAGAACCUUUAUUUCCCCCCUCUUGUAGCUACAGGAAUUAGAGACUUUUUUUUCUUUUUUAUUUUUCAACGGGAAAGGCCUUUCCCUCCAGACAAAACCAUCUCCAGCUUCACGCAGGUUGGGGUGGAGGUGCCCGUGGUGGCCUGGGGCUGCUCUGCCUGCCGGCUCUGAGGGUGAGCUGGGUUUCUCUCCUGCCACUGCACAUGUAAUUCAACUGUUUCUUCCUGCUGCUGGCAAAUAGCAGCUGAAGCCCACCCUCUGGAGGGCAGAUGCCUGAGAUGCUUCAGCCAGCAAGUGCCGCUAGGUUGGGCACCGACAGAGCGCAGGGUGCAAGGCUUGGGUCCCGCGUUGCUGCACAUCUCCGGUGCUCAGCCUGGCUCUGCUGACCCCUCUGGCAUGCUGCCGGCUCCCCCGAGCACCAUGUAGGGCGGCAAGACGGUGAAUAUUUGGUUACGUAGCUGAAAAGCUGAUGCGAAGGGCAGCUGUGGAGGGCAUGGCAAUGCUGCACGUGGGAGUUGGGGACUGGCCGGCACGUCCAUCCCCGCCAGCACCUUCCCUGGUCCUGCGCCUGAGCUGCUUGUCUCUCACCGGCCCCCGGGCCCCUUUCGCCUCUGCUCUGCUCCUGGGUCUCUCUUUGCAAGUUUACAGAUUAAAGCUGGGUAUUUUUGAGG